AUGGCGAAAUUCAAGUUUUGCAUUUCAGCCUUCGUUUGGCUGAGUGUGAUAUACUCCACUCUUAUCGACGCUCGCUGGGUUAUAGUUGAAGAAUGGGGGAAAGUACUCCGGCAUAGAACCAAUCUGACGACUGGAGAGGUAGAAGCAUAUCACGAGACCAUCAACUCGGCUAUAAAGGUUUGGGAUACUGAUAAGGCGUGGACGGAUGAACUUUGCAUCAGCGAUGUUAUUAUAGAGGACCAUGCAUUUGUGAGGAACAUUGAGUAUUAUAUCGGGAAUCCGAGUCCAUUAUUCCCUUACGUACUGUUUGCACUCGAACUACAUGACAACAAUGACUGCACAGAUAAGAAUUCGGUUACCGUGGUCUUCCCAACAGAGCGAGGGGCGAAGCCAGAAUUAUUCGGACCUAUACAGUAUGAAGAUGAGGCGGAAGGGGAGGAAGAUGUCAUUGUUGAAGGAGGCGAUGAUCCUCAAAGUUUCAGAUGGGACCCAGCCAAACUCCAAGAGUUAUUAAACGCCCCCACAGUAGUCGAGAAUGGAUUCGAACAAAACCCUGAAGAUUUCGACAGUGAUGAAGUUGAAUCUAUGACGGGCGAAGUUGACCAUGGAAUAUGGAAUUCUGAAGCAGAUCUUGAAAUUCCCCUAGGAACUACUCAACAGCAAGGGCCAUAUAAUCCAACGGUAAUUGCUGAGGAGGAAUAUCAAGAUCUUGAUGCCGAGUCUGAUCAAGGUGGCAUGGGUCAAACCAAUCUACAAAAACAAAGCCCAUUACCUCCCAAGUCAGAACCAAGCGAAGAGCUCGAAGAUUCUGAAGGCCUGCUAAGCUUUAGUCUUCCAGGCCAAGGGUUUAUGGAUGUUGGUACCCCUACAAACCCUACAAAUAAGAACGGAUUGGGCCAAUUACCAAUGCCAAACUUUCACACGAAUCCUCACCCUCAAGAACAAGAUACUUUCUCAGAUAUUUCCGCGGUUGGUCAAGGGAAUUUUGAGUUCGGUGGGACGCUACUAGACCAGUUAGCCAGCCCCGAGUCCAAUUUUUUAGCUACGCAGGAUGUUGUCGAUCUAGAGCCAUUAGUUAUGGAGUCUCGUGAUGUCCCCUUCGAAGACGAGGAUGGGCAUCCGACUUUUAAGAUUGAUAUUUAUCAACGUGGACUUAGGUUUAAGAAGUUUACGAGUAUAAAGCUUAUUACCAAUUGGAAUCAGUGGUAUAGAAUUCCAGCAGGUGGAAUUCAAACACGAACAUAA